UCUCGAUCGCGAGCGUGGAUUCCAAGAAAUUCGACGGAGGGGUGUGUUGUUUGGGCACGUUUUGCGUGAUAUUUACGCUCUCCUUGCCGUUGGUAUUUGAAGUGAGAUGGUUUGAGUGGUGUGGGAAAGCGAGGUAGUGGAGUUUGAGGUCUUGGUUUCUCCUUCUCCCUUUCUGUAGCAAAACUUUUGUUCAUUUGAGAACCUUUUUUUUCUUUGGCUUCACCAUUUUACUGAUUGACUUAAAUUUUUUAGUCCGGUCGUCUGGGCUUGGGUAUUCGGACGGGGAUUUUCUUAUACCGAGUGCUACUUAGGAUUUUUGUGGCUGGUCAUUCUAAUCUGCCGUAGUUAUUGAAGCUUGGCUUGACAUCUUCGGAGAGUGUUGUUUAGGCAUCACGAAGAGAAACAGUAGAAGUUUUUCGCGCUUUAAGUCAACUAUCUACACCAACUUUUUAUUUUACCUUACCGUCACACAGAUUCCGAGAAGUUGUCGCAAUGUUUUUCACAGCUUGAAGAAAUCUGCGCGUCGUAAUGCGAAACAUUUCUUGGGGGGGAGGGGUGGCUCUCUUAUAUUAUUUGCAAGGAAAUCAUGUCCACUGGAGAAUAAAUAGUGGAUCCCAAAAGAUCACUGACGUCCCUUCAUCUAGACCCUAACGAGGGAGUUUCAGAGACUAAAGAAUAGGAGGGAGAACCAUUCUCUGAAAAUAGGCUGGCUGGGUGACAGGAUAGGGACUCCUGCUGUUCAUUUUUUGGGCGGGUUGUACAGGUAGUUAGAGUCCCUGCGGACUGUAUAGAACGGUACAUAAAAGCGUAUAGAAGGACACUUGCCAUGGCCCAGCAGACGGGUGGGGGUGGGACAGGUUCAGGCGCUUUGGGGAACCAGUUUGGCGAUACUACUUACACGAAGGUGUUUGUAGGAGGGCUAGCAUGGGAGACUCAAAGAGAUACUAUGCGUCGUCAUUUCGAACAGUUUGGUGACAUAUUGGAAGCUGUUGUCAUCACCGAUAAGAACACUGGCAGAUCCAAGGGCUAUGGUUUUGUUACCUUCCGGGAUGCUGAAUCAGCAAGGAAAGCGUGUGUAGACGCCACCCCAAUCAUAGAUGGUAGGAGAGCCAAUUGCAACCUCGCUUCUUUGGGUGCUCAUCGCCAUCGCCCUCAUGGGCAGCACGGCAACCGAUUUCGGCCGUUUUCUCCUUUCUCUGCAGGCCCUCAGCAGGGGGGGCCCGGUUUUACUGGUGCUGGCUCAUAUCAUCAACCUGGUUCACCAUAUGCUCAUCCUUCACCAGCAGCCUUCUAUUCUCAUUAUGGCGGGUAUCCGCAAUACCCUCAAGAUUACGCUAGCUAUCCCCCGAACUUGUUCCAAUACGGCGGUCCACAGUAUCCGCAGAUGUAUGGAGCGCCUGGUGCUCUUAGUCCUGGAUCAGGCCCCGUGUAUCCUUAUGGGUCUUUUACGACUCAGCCACUGCAAGGGGGUCCUGUAUACCCCGGAACUGCACAGUAUGGUUAUCAAGCACCACAGCUGUACGGUCCUGCUGCUGCCGGUUUGACCACUUUGGCCCCGCCGUACUCUGGCUCAGGGUCUCUUCCUGCAUCGACGCCUGCAGGAGGUGUAUCUCCUAGUCUAUCUGCUGGACAAGUAGCAGGGCAGGUAUCUCCGCAACAGUAUGCAGUGCCAUCAGGCUCGCAGCAACAAUACUCUAGUGGAGGCAGCUCGGAGCAACAUUCCGGUUAGCUUGGGUUCUAAGAUUCUUUGUUGGCACAAUCAGGGAGAGAAGAGGCAAAGGGUUUUGGUCAGGAGAUAUCAGAUUUAUACUCUUCCUGUCGGCUUGGCUAUAUGCAAGUCAUGGCCCGACCCUUGAAAGCCCCAAGUUGUGUUCUCAAUGUCGGGUCCACAAAGCCGGAACUCCUGCAUGAACUAGUUGUCCUACGCGGGGAAUCGAAGUCCUAAUCCCAUUCUUCAGUGCUCCCACUCCCCCUAACCUUCCUCCCCCUCCCCACCCCACCCCACCCCACCCCCACCUCCGGAUGUCUUGUUCAUCUUCCUCCUCACAUUCAGUUGAUGUGUACUUCUAUCCUUCCACCCCCAAUUUGUCGCAUUUUAAGUAUGCACUGAGCUGUGGGCAAACCUUCUCAGUGUGUAUUAUCCUCCAUUGGUUUCUUUACCCUUAGGGUAACCUGAUCACUAUUCGUUUCUUUAGAAUCCGGUCGAUUUUUGAAGAUUGGUCCGAUCGCGGUUGGGAUGGGAUUUUAAGGAGCAGCUGGAAAAAUUCCUUCCAAGCUGAAUGAGGUAGGAGACUUUAAGAGAAGAAGAUUGCAGCCUUAGAAAGCAAGGAUCCCUUCGGAUUGUUCGCAGUCCUGGUCAUGUGAUUUUGCUGCAUCAAUCAACGCCUUGAUGCAUCAUUAAUGCGCAACAUUGCCAUGAUCCUCGUUCCCAUUCU